GGGCUCCUGCCGCCGAGUCACAUGCUCACCUGGAGAAGGAGGAGGAGCGCGAAGUGUCUCCCAGGGCCGGGGGAUCCUCCCCGGCUCAGAUCCCCAGCUCUUCGCGGAGUAGCGGCUGCAGCGGCGGCGGCGACGGCGGAGGCAGGCAUUGGAGCCGCUGGGCCGGCCUGGGCUGGAUCCAACCUGAGAGGGCAGCAGACCUUAAUUGGCGCCUCCCGUUCCGCAAGACUCCAAAGCCCCGUCUGGAGGGAGGCGGAGGCGGCAGCCGCGCCGCACAAAGUUUGCGUGCUCGUCCGGAGGGCGGAUUGGGGAUCCGGCUCCAUGCGGAGCGGCAGAGCCCGGAGCCGGGCUCAGGCGGGUAGAUCCAUCGCAAUCGCAGCCUGGGGUUGUCGCCAUGGGCAGCUGCGUGGGGAGGCAACACCGAGAGCGGCCGACCACCCCGGGGCACCCGCGCAAGAGAGCAGGUGAGCGCCGCCGGUCAGGCACCCUCUCGGUGCCGUGGCAGCCGGAACUGGCAAGGGAAUCUGGGCCGCUGGAAACACAACCGGGGUUGGGCCCUUGCAGACACUCCCCUGGGGGCCCUUUGCUGGAGAAUUAACUUGUCUCAGAUCCCCCACUCCCAACUCCCACCAUAAUCGGGCACCGAGACCACUGCCAAGACUGGGAAUAGGGUGCCACUCUAUGAUUGUCUUGAGUGGGCAUCGGAUCUUUCAGGAUUGGGCCCAGAUGAGGGCAUAGCGGAGCGGACGGUAGUCUAUGUGCUUCCCCUCCUGUUAGCGAUGGGAAGAUUCGGUUUGGGAGGAUUUUUAAAUGGCCUGGAUCUACUGGGCGGUCUGUGCUUCCUCGGGGAAGCGUGUGGGAUGUGUGUUAGUAAAUGUAUUGGUGGAGUAAGGCUCCCUGGAGCAAUUUGGGUUUCUACUGAUCCCUUAACUCCGUGUUUAGGAAGAGUGUGUGGGAUGUCCCAGAAACUCGCCUACCGGAUUUAUGUAAGAGCCAGUCCGGCCCGUCUCACCAGAUGGGUUGGAAGUGCAAACUACUGUUUCCCCACUGGCUCAGAAGUACAAGUUUGGGCUUGGGGCUGCUCUGAGGUCAGUGGGCUGCCACCUCAGGUUUCAAAUCAGAGUAAUUUUAUUUAUUAUUGCAGAUUUACUAAAAGCACUUUUAUGCAGCUUUAUGUGUUGUUGCGGAAACAAGUAGUGCACAAAUCGUAAAAAGAUGCAUUGUAAGUCAUACAAAAAUAAAAGAGCAAUAUAAAAUCCAAAUGAUACAGUGUGCAUAGAUGUGUGGCUAGGUCCUAGCAAGAACAUUUCCUUUGCCCUUGCUGCUUGAUUGGAAACUUGUCCUGCAAACCAUCAUCAGGUACUCUGGUCCAUGUGUGGGCUCCAGGACAGAUACCUUCACAGCAUGUGCUAAGGCCACAUUUGCUGCUAGAGAGAUUGCAGUCUUCUCUGAACCUAGGUGCGGAAAUUCAUGUUCAUUUCCAGGUUCAAGGGCCCUCCCUGCUAAGUCUCCUGCAAAAUGAUAAGAAUUGAGCUAGCUUAGGCUUUGCUGCCAGAGUCUGUGCAUGUGACCCUGUGUGGUGUGUGCCCAUGUGCGCAAGACCUGCCCUGACUUUUCUUAGUCCAGGUCAGUCAAGAGCACAAUUGGUUCCCACCCCAGACAGCUCAGAUCAGCCUCACUCUGCUGGAGCUGCAUUAGUUGGAUCAAUAGCAGAAACUGCUUUAACUCAACAAGCUCAUCAGCAGUAUUUGGCAUCUGCGGCGGUGCACACACACAUUGAUGCAGGGUUUCUGGAGACAGAACAGUCGACUUCUCAGCAAGAGAGAGGCCUUUGUGGACAUGAGAGCAUCUAAGGUACAGUCUCUGUGUACGGCUGCUUCAGGUUGAUUAUGGUUUUUCAUAAACUUGCCGAUUAUUGGUGGUGCUAGAGCCCUGAUUAAAACCAUGCCCUUGCACUGCCAAAGUGAUAGGUGACACCUCCUCACAUGCUUCCUAUAAAUGGGUAUUUUGGGAGGUGUUGUUUAGGGGCUCCCAGGCAGCCACUCUGCAGUUGCUACUCUGAUUUCACAAAGAAUUGUGUCCUGAGGUGUCCCUCCACGAUGCCGUGAGACUGGAUUUAACUUUGCUGAGCCCUGCACAUACAUCAAGACCGAACCCCACCAGCAGCACACACUGUCUGCUCUGAUCUAUAGUCCAUGGUGGUCUGAACAGGGUAUGCAUCUCUGCAUGUUCCCGCUGGAGAACUUUACCCACUCUAAUAGAGAUUGGGCUAAUAGGACUCCUUGGCAGAAACCCUGAAAUGCUUUGGCACCAUAGUGGCUAUUUCACUGUGUGGCACGAAGGUUUAUACUUGACACCCUGCUUUAUAUGAUACUUGAAGUGCUCACUUCAUGCCUCGGGUAUAGGAAGCUGUUGUCUAUGAAAGCACAAUAAACUAGUCUUGAAAGUGCCAUGGCACUUUAAAUAUAUAUAUAUAUAUUGGUGCUACUGACCUAAAUGCUUCCAACUACACUUCUGGAAUUUAUUUUUUGGAAGACCUGAGCAUGUACUUUAAAACCAAAAGUAAACACUUGGCACAGUUUGUAAGUCUUUCUUGGCAAAUCGCUCUGGGCAGGAAUGCCUAGCUUUUGCUUGUGGGGAGCACUGGCUGGAAUCUCUAUUGCUGUUGGGCUGGGUUGUGAGAAACAGGAAACACUAGCUUCCUUGUAGAGCUCAUGUUUGGCAUGUAGAAGGUCCCAGGAUCAAUCCCUGCUAUCUCCACAAAGAGCUGGGAAAGCCCUCUGCAUGAAAUCAUGGAGAACAUCUGACAGUAAGUGUAGAUAAUAGUGAACUUGAUGGAGCAGUGCCUUGACUUAAUACUUAGUUCCAUGCUGGGAAAAGGAUUUAAGAUUUUGUUAGUCUAAUAUCUUAUACAGCAGGGAGCUGGCACCAAGAAGCAGGAUCUUCUGGGAAAGGAUACACUACUCAAAAAGAAUAAAGUUUACCCUAAUGCAUUUAGUCCUUUUGUUUAACUGUUUUUGCAAGCAUGUCGGACUCCUGAUUUUGUUGGGCUGCAGUCCUACCCACUCUUACCAGGGAGUAAUCCAUAUUGAGCACACAUUGGGACUUGCUUUGAAGCGAAAAUGCAUAAAAUUGUGUUCGUUAGGGAGCAGGCUAUCUCCCUGCCGCAGAAAUCUUGAGCUGCUCUGAGGCUUUGUGGUGGUGUUUACCUUAAGUGCUUAUGAAAAGUUGGGCUGGCACUCCUGGUGAUGUAUUGCUGGCAUUUUGCAAACGCAGGCAGUGUGAGCUGAGCUGAGUCUUCAAGAAACAGCAAAAACAUGUCCCUGAUCUACUCAUCCAAGAGUGUGAACUGGAAACUGUGCAGUCAAGUGCAAUGCAAGCGUUUUGGCUGAUGGGAUCUGCUGAGUUCUGGACUAAGCAAGUGUGGACUUUAAAAAUAUUUGGGGGUGUGAGUUGCACCAGAAGCUUAGAGACCAACAAAGGGAAGCUCUUACAGACAGACUCUUCUUUCACUAGGGAAAAAUAAAAGGAAAAAGCCCUGAUUGGGUUAAGGGCAUUGCAGAUCCCAUGGAACUAUGAAAAUAAUUUGGAGCACUGAUACCAUUGCUGAACUCCAGCACAAGAAUGACUUUUUGCCUCCAAUUAUGACAUAGUGUCAACUUAAAGGCUAUUAUCUUGGCUUCCGGUCCUAAAUUAUGGGUCCGUUACUAUAAGUCACUGCACUUCAUCCCAACAAUGGGCUGGGUGGAAUGAUACUUAAGUUACCCUAUCCCAACUCUCUGAGGCUCAGGCUGUUUUGGACACUAUGUUCUUGCAGCUUCAGGGUUGUUUCUUGUGUCUGCAUGCAUGGGUAAACAUAAUAUGUAAAUUGCUAACACAUGGACCUGCUUUACUGAUAGGCCUAUGAAAUCCCAUGAUGGUUUGGGAAUUCUGGUUUUCACAGGUCUUUUGAUGAGUCAGACCCAUAUGUUACCAAUUUACACAUUCAGUUUGCCCAUGCAUGCACAUGACGUCACUGAAAUGAUUCCUACAUAUGCCACGCAAGUGUAGCGUGUGAACCUAUCCUGGAAGAAACUCAUCAGCUGGUUUGGGUGUUGUGCAAUGUGCAGUUGCCUGGCAUGCUUCUUUCUCCGAAUACACCCUAUCAUAAUCAGAAACUGGCCCCACCAAGGGACUGCAGGACUGACUCAUGGCUUUGCUCUGCUCAUGCAGCCAUGGAUUGCAACUGCCUGCGUGUUGCUCCCUGCAAUAAUUACUGUUUUGUAGGAGGCAGAGAAAGGGAAACAGGAAAUGGGGAGGGCUGGGUAAGUGGGCUGAGAGCAACACUUGUAAGUUACACCUUCCCAAAGAGGAGGCUGACUGCAGCUGAUCCAUAAAGAACAAGCAGGGGCGUUGGAUAUCAUAUGUAGAGGGAGAGAGUUCAGAGAAUCAUAGGGCUGGAGGAGAGGUGGGCUUAUAGGCCACCAGGUGUAAUCCCUGCUUGAAGAGACCACCACCACCACCACCUUCCUUGAUAAGAAUUCUUCCUUCUGUCACCACAAGCGUAUUGCUGUUGAGUCUCUUUCUUUUUGCUGGUCCCUGCUUGCCCUGCCUCUGUCGAUGUUAUUGACUGAUUUGCUUUGAUGCUGUAGGCAGGCAGGGAGUUGACCUGUGCAGUCCAGGAGGUCAUACCUACCUUGGCAGCUGUUGGCUUACCUACUCUGAUGUCACAAUGAGGCUUGCCUGGCUUGAUUGUUUGCCGAGGCCUUGGAAUCUGUUGGGUUCUGUGGACUGCAAGCGUCCUACGUGAGACCAAACUGCUCUUCUGUGGCGAGAUGGUCUUUCACGUGAUACCAUGUGGGUGCUGAGUGAGAUCUGUUGAGCCAUCCUGGGGCUUUUGAGAAAGAGGGACUUGUGGUUUCUAAGGUAAGGGAAAGCUAGAAUGUUAAAUACAGUGGUACGUCAGGUUACAUACGCUUCAGGUUACAUACGCUUCAGGUUACAGACUCCACUAACCCGGAAAUAGUGCUUCAGGUUAAGAACUUUGCUUCAGGAUGAGAACAGAAAUCGUGCUCCGGCGGCACGGCAGCAGCAGGAGGCCCCAUUAGCUAAAGUGGUGCUUCAGGUUAAGAACAGUUUCAGGUUAAGAACGGACCUCUGGAACAAAUUAAGUACUUAACCUGAGGUACCACUCUACAUGUGAUUGACUCGCGUGCAACCGCAUAUAUGUGUGGUGCCGGGAAAUAAUUAAAUCGUUCAAUUCAAACUUGGAAAUGGUGGGAGAGCUGGAGAGUCCUCGUGGCUCAUGAGGAUACCCUCCCUGGAGCCUGAAAAGGACGACAGUGAAGGCGGAGGAAGCCCCAAAGAGACUGGAGGUGCAGUGGCGCUUUGUUUACACUGCUCAACCUCCCCACCUAACAGCUGAUGUGUGGAGUAGCGCAGCAGCAGCAGCUUUCCCGCAUGUCCUCCAGCCUCCUGCCAGUCCCAGAGCUUCAAUUCUAGUUGUGGAUAUUUCUGGUAUGAAUUGAAGAAAGAGUGGCAGAGAGGUUGUUUAGAGGGUGCUCCCCACUUUAUGCGAUUUCACUUAUGCACACGAGGGCCCAGAACGUAACCCACACAUAAAUGAGGGGGAUGCCUGUACUGAACUAUGCUAUGGUGGUACAGUAUUUUAGAAUAAAUGGCACUGUAACGACCCUACCAGCCCUGCUGGGGUAAGACUAGUAGACUGGAAAUUUUUCCAAACUGGCUGAAAUUAUGAUAGUGGUACCAACUUAGUGUGAGCUGACCAUUGUGUUCUGAUAGGGCCCAGCCCCCGGGUAAGCAGGUAUUCUAGAUUACUGUCUGCCUUCUGCCCUUUUUCAUUUGUGUCAUUAAAUUCCCUGUUUUGGAUUGAGCUUUGGCUUGGAUUUAUUGCCUGGUUCAGUUGAAGGAUGGGUGCAGGCCCAUGAUCCUGGUUAUCUUUGUGUCCCACAGGUCAGAUUUUAACCCCCUGGUUAUUUAGUGGAAGUCCCACCUGUCUGUCUCUGUUACUACAAGAACAUCUUGCAAGGUUGGAAACUAUGCGUCUCCCACCCUCUUUCUUCUUUGCAUGGUUCAGGUUUUCAGUAAGCUAGUCCUGUUACCUUGCAUGCAACAGUUCCUCUGACAGGUUUUAAUCUGUGCCCAGCACCCAGCUCCCAGGCCUGAUUGUUUGCUUAGCUCAGAAGGUGUUGCCCAGAUGCCUCCCUGCAGAGCAGCUUAGGCAGGAAUUCACACCUGGGAGCCUAAGUUUACACUUACUGCUGCUUGAGGGUGUGGCAUCGCCAGUGGCCUUCAGAACCGGCAGGGAACAGGUGUGCACAGGCUGUCAAUUUAAAGGGGCAGAUUCAGGGUAUCUUAUUGCAAUGCCCCCUGCCUUGAGAUUCAUUCCUGUCCUGCUGCAUCCUCAGUGUUGGUGAAAGACAAGAUUGCCUGCAGCUGAGCCCAUUCUGUGUUGACCAGAUCAAAAUAGGACAGGAUUUCUGCACCUUUAAUAGUUGUGUAGAGGAGGAAAUUUUGAUGGCUACAGCUUGUCACAUUGCAGAGCUGAGAGAAACUGCACCCAGUAGAAUUCUCCUGUCUGCUCAACUGUUUUGGGGCCAUAUCCUGAGCUGCGUUUGGUUAGCCUAGCUGACUCACAAAGCUGGGGUCCUUAUUUGCUGACAGGCUGGCGCGCCACUGCCUGUUCAUUGUAUUCGUAACCCCCCCCCCUCUUCUGCACCAUGUGGCGCUUCCCUAGAGUGCACAAGGAAGAGCAAUGCCAACAUGACUUCAGUUAAUGUGGCUUUUUCAGCAGACUUCUUUAUUUCUUCUUCUGUUUGGGCCCUGGAGUCAAUUUUGAAGGCUGGUGCUGGGAGACCACUCUAGCUUUGUCCAGUCGAAACCAGAAUACAGUUCUCAGGGAAAGAAAUGCCCUUUGCGACAUAACCCAGCAUGGCUCAUAAGAACAUAAGAAGAGCCUGCUAGAUCAGGCCAACAGUCCAUCCAGCGCCCUGUUCUCACAGUGGUCAAACAGAUCACUGUGGGAAACACACUAGCAAGACCUGAGCACACCAGCACCCUCCCCACCUGCAGUCCCCAACAACUGGUAUUCAGAGACUUACUGCUUCUGGCAAAGGAGGUGCUACAUAGUUACUGUGGCUAAAAAAGGUAAAGGUAAAGGGACCCCUGACAAUUAAGUCCAGUCGUGAACGACUCUUGGGUUGUGGGGCUCAUCUCACUUUACUGGCCAAGGGAGCUGGCGUUUGUCAGCAGACAGCUUCCGGGUCAUGUGGGCAGCAUGACUAAGCUGCUUCUGGGGAAACAAGAGCAGCGCAUGGAAGCGCCGUUUACCUUCCAGUUGGAGCUGUACCUAUUUAUCUACUUGCACUUUGACGUGCUUUCGAACUGCUAGGUUGCCAGGAGCAGGGACCGAACAACGGGAGCUUACCUCGUCGCGGGGAUUCGAACCGCCGACCUUCCGAUCGGCAAGCCCAGGGCUUAGUGGUUUACACCACAGCGCCACCCACUUCCCUAGUUACUGUGGAUAGUAGUCAUCAUCAAUUUACCGUCUCCUCCAUGAAUUUGUCUAAUCCUCUUUUAAAACCAUCCAAGUUGGUGACCAUCACUGCCUCCUGCGGAAAUGAGUUCCACCGUUUAACUAUGUGCUGCUUGAAGAAGUACUUUCUGUCCUGAAUCUUUCAAUAUUAAUUGUAUGCCAAUGAGUUCUAGUGUUGUGAGAGAGGGCGAAAAAUCUUUUCUCCAUCCACCUUCUCCACACUGUGCAUAAUUCUAUGUCACCUCCCACUUACCUUUCUCUAAACAAAAAGUUCUGGAUGGCCUCAUUAAAGAAAGAAAAAUCUUGGAUGAUCCCGCAGCCAGCUCUGACAUUUUCCAGCACCAUGUAACAUAAUUCAGUGGGCAGGACUGUCCUUGGCUAAUGCAUCAUUCAUUUACCAAUCCUGGUGGUGGUUCCCUUCAGAAAAUGCUGAUCCCUUCUGUUUUCUUGCAGAAUGCCUCUUUUGUGCACAGGCAAUUUGUCAUCCAAGGGCUCAUGCAGGGCAGAAGGGAAGAAAGAGAGUGGGCACAGCUGUGUCUGAAGGGCAUGUCCAGGCAAGAAACGACGGAGCUGUGUUAACACAGUGCAUGGGAGCAUCUUGCUUCCAGCAACACAAAAAACAAAAUGCUUAUGCCCUAUGUGUAUCCCCUUCUGUGACCACAGAUGCUACGUUUAUGCUGUGUUGUCCCCAAAUGACUUCUGGAUGUGCAGGAUUCCAGCCUCCUCUGUUCCUGUCAGGGUGCUUAUUAAUGUGUGUUGCUAAGGAGCAGUUCCUGCCCACCGGCAGAAUCCCAAUGAUGGGCAGUUGAGGAGUUGCGAUUUACUGCAUUCACACAAAACAGACAACACUUGACUUGUAGGGAGAGAUGUUCGGGAUCCUGAGGCUUAGUCGUCAUCUUCUGUUCCUGGUUCUCUGCCUUGUCCUGGCAGGAACUCUUUCAUACCCAACUCAUUUCCAUAUUAGCCACAUGUGGUUUUAUGAGGCUCCUAAAUCAUCCCUCCCUCUCCGUGUUUCUCUGUGAAACCUCUUCACUGGGGCUUAACAGACUGUUACUGAUUGCAGGCUGCACACCAGUCUUCAAGUCCAUUGGGCUUUCUCCCUGCCUUCUGCUUUUGGUGCAGGAAUUGCUCUCUUGUUUCCUUGUGUGAGGGCACACAUGAAGCAUUUUGAAAACAGUAGCAUGCUAUAUGGAAACCAUUGCUGUUAUGCAUAUUUUCAGCUCAGGAAUAUCGCUGGCUUAAGAAUGGCAGGAGCAUUAAUGUUCAAUGUGUGUUAUCACAUGCAGUCUCUACCUUCAUAAGGACCUAAUAAGAGCCCUGCUAAGUCAGACCUAAGGCAUCUUUAGCCCAGCAUCUGUUUCCCACACUGGCCAACCAGAUGCUUAUGGGAAGGAAUCCCACAAGAACUUGAGAACAAUACAGUGGUACCUUGGGUUAAGUACUUAAUUCAUUCCGGAGGUCUGUUCUUAACCUGAAACUGUUAUUAACCUGAAGCACCACUUUAGCUAAUGAGGCCUCCUGCUGCCGCCGGGCCACCGGAGCACGAUUUCUGUUCUCAUCCUGAAGCAAAGUUCUUAACCUGAGGUACUAUUUUUGGGUUAGCGGAGUCUGUAACCUGAAGCGUAUGUAACCCGAGGUACCACUGUAGUCCUUUCCCACUGUUGUUUCCCUGCAACUGGUGUUCAGAGGAACCAGAAGCACUAUAUCCUGGUGUAGCAAGCAGCCAUCACGACUGGUAAACUGUGAGAAGCCAUGAAUUUAUUAACACCCCUUUUAAAGAUUUUCAGCUAGUAACCAUCACCACAAGCACCAGGAAACGAGAGUUUCUUAGGUUCUGCCAGUGGCAUCCACAAGGGAUCCUAACAUUGGCUUUGAGGGUUUUGGCAAUGAUAUAUGGUACAUCCUGAAGCAGUAGAGAGCAUGUUGCAUGAUAAUGGCCCACUGGGUUGAGCAUAAAUCCUGAGCUCAGCCUUGCCUGUCCUCUCCUUACUCCCUGUCCUGCCCACAUCUUUGUGGCCUUGGUGUUAAACAGCUGGUUCCUAUUCUGUGCUGCCACCUUCCUGAUUCAGAUAUUUCAGUUGGAUCCAGCAUGUAUACAUUCCCUUUAAUAGUUUGCUCUGUUUUGCUUCUGGGUACUUGGUUUCCAAAGGAAUUAAGAACCACAUAUUCCUACAUUGAAGCAGAUGCCACCCGACUCAGGAGAGGCAAUGGCAGAAAGACCACCAUAAGUUGUCUUAUGUUUUUUCAGACUGGCUACAUGGUUCCUUCUUUUUUCAGCUUGCCUGAUUUAGAGUGAGAUUUAUAUCCCACAUUGCCAAUGCUCAGUUUCAGAGGGGUAGUCAGGUCAGUCUAUAUUGUAGCAAAAGCAGCAAAUAGUCCUUUUUGUGGCUGUUGCCUACAUAUUUGGUAAGAGUCUGCCUCAGUUGUGUGCAUUUUAUGGUUACAAUAGCAGGUACAUGACUAUUUAAAUAUUUUCUGACCCGAGAUCCUUAGUCCAGCAGACCACAAACAUUCAUUUCUUCCCAGGGACACUUGUUUCUUGAUUCACCUGCACAGAGGAAGAAAGACUUUUAAAACAGCCUGUGGGGGGGCGGGUGUGGUGUGGGUGUCCAUGUCCCCAGCAUGAACUUAGUGUAGCUUAUCUCUUUCCUGUGUGCCAUUUCACACAGGGAUUCCAUAAAUCUAAUAUAAUGGUUGUCUUGAUAUACGAUCAAAUGUUUUAAUUCUUCUUUGUGAGGCUAGCGUAGGAGAGUCACUUUAUCAAGUCAUGAGCUGUUCCUUCCUGUCUCAAAAAGGUAGCUGAAAUCAUUUUUUAAAUGCCAUAGUAAAACCAGUCUAGCAACUUGAAACCUGGCUUCCCCUCACCCACAGAGGAACACCUUGCUUCUGUAGUCAGCUACUGAACCUGCCUUCUGAUUCCUUUGUCUAAUGAUUAAGAGUCCAUUGCUACCUAAGACAGUCCUAAAGACUGUCAUGUACUGUAUACGUUUUACAUUUGGCUCCCUCCUUCACACAGCCUUUGGGAUCACACCCUCCCAUAAUCUGAGUAACGUUAGACAUGCCAUCAUUUGUUUUGCACUAACAGGAUGAACCAUUUUAAUAUCAUACCCCCAAGUAACCCAGAAAUCAACAUGUUUUCUUUGUAGCUUAUAAUUAUUUCCGUAAUUUUGGUCUUGUUUGCUGCAGAAAUGACUGGGCCAGGUGCAAACAUAAGUCCGGGGUGCUCUAGGUAUAAAGCAGGACUGUCAGGCUUGAGGGUGCUGAGUUUAAAACAUGGCAGAUUAGAGAUCUUGCCUGAUUCCCUUCUGGCAUGUUGCAAACACAGUGCAUGUGCUGCCUGUACAGGUGAGCUCCUGACGGUAGAGCUAGAGAUUGUGUUUCUGGGGAAUAAAGAAGAAAGUAUAUUGAAGUGGAGAUGGGGGGGGGCGUUUAAGGUUAGGCUUGGCAGAGCAGGAGGGGAGCUCAGCCCAUUGUUCUCUGAAGAGGGAGACAGCUGGGGAGUGGGAGGCAGCCCAUCCCCACUUAAGCUGGGGAGAGGGAAGUUUGGGGGGGGUGCAGACUCAGGUCAACAUGUGAUAAUGUGUCACUUAUCUGAAAACACCCGAUCAGGAGUUGGUGCGAAGGCCAUGUGUGUGUGUGUGUGCAGUCAGUGCCCUUCUGCCUUGGUGAAGGAGCCCCAGUUCCUUUGAGACUUGAUAGUGAUAGACAAGCAGGCUCCGCUGUGGGGAAUCGAAGCUUGUUACAGGGCACAGACAGAGAGAAUCUGACCCACUGCUGGCAAUUUCAGUUAUCAGCUUGGCGAACUUGAUCCUUCCACACUGCACGAGUGCUGGCUGGGCCUAGCAGCAUCCCUAGUCUUAAAAAAUGUGGUUAGUUUUGCAGUACAACAGGUUCUGCAGAGUGACGAUUCCUUAGCAUGUUUUUUAUACCUGUUGUCUGUUGAUCUCCUCGGAUGCCUCCCAGCUCUUAUGAUUAUGAUUAUGAGAUAAUAAUAGUUGCCUCCACAGGGCUGAUUGCAAGUGGAAGUUAGGUAAUGCGGGGGGGGGGGGGGGUAGGCAGAUCUUGUUGUCUCUUCACCUGGGUUUGAAAAGUACCUAAAUAUUUCAUUAAAGAAAACCAAUAAAAGGCUGCUGGCACAGAUGGGACGAGGCUUUUUCCUGAGAGUCUCUAGGUUCCCAAGAAGUUGAGGGUAGUGCCUAUGCACUUGCACUUCUGCUGGAAAUGGUGAUGAAAUAUUUGGCUGGCCGGAUCCGUAACCUGAUACAAUAAGGCUUUGGAUAUACUCCUCUCUGUAGUGUUGCUGCAACAGCCAUGACUCAGUGGUAGAGCACUUCUUUUGCAUGUUAGAAAGUCCCAUUCCCUGGCAUCUCCACACAGGGCCGGGUUUGUUCUCUGUCUGAAACCCUGGACAGCCAGCAGACAAUGCUGAGCUUGAUGGUCCAGUAGUGUGACACUGAAUAAGGCAGCCGUUUCCUGUGUCCUUGUGCCUUCUAGGAGGAGACACCCCAGGCAGGAUAUUUUCUCCCCAGACUCAUCAAAUCUGGUACUUGGGGAAAGGAGGAAGGAGAUUUCACACCACCUUCCACACACAACUGCAGUGUCAGGAAUGAGUGGUCUGUAUUGAGUUAUUGUGGGAUUUUGGGGGAGCAAAAAUCUACACAACACAAAAGGAACAUCUUGCAGCAGGGUAAGGUGUCUAGAACCUGUGGCUGAACUGGCUGGACUUUGGUGGCAGUGUCAUUAAAUAGCAGCAGCUUUGGGCUUGCUACCUGAGGUUGGUAGUGGCUGCUGCUCACUACUUCCCUCUCUGCUUUCUCAUCAUGGAUUGAGAGGCUGAAAACAGUUGUUUGAGAUGGAUUCCUGUGCACCUUCUGCCUGGUUCUUGAGCUGAGCACCGACUUCAUGAAAGACAAAGCAGGGGUCCUGGGUUUGGAAGUAAACUGGAUGUCUCCUAGCUCCUUCUCUGAACCAGAGAAGGGCAGACCCAACCUUUCUUAAUUUUGAAGCUCCUUCCGAUAGGGACCACAAAGCUGCCUAUCACUUUAAGAGCUGAGAGAAAGCAAGAGAGCCUGUGCCAGGCAGUGACAGUGCUUCCUGGGCAGAGGAACCAUAGCUGCACACUCUCACUGCCUUCUGUCUUUUAAAGUAGCAGGCGGAAUGGCCAGAGUUGUUCUGAUCAGUGCCUGAUUGGCAGGUAGACCUAGAAGCUGUCUCAGGGUUGUCCAAUGGGGACCAAGCCUGCUCUGAAAGCAGCCUUUGUACCUCUUCAGUCAAAGACCAUUUCCUCUGUGUGCUGAGUUGCCUGGAGCCAAAGGAAUGGUGUCUCUUGUCUAUGGAGGUGGCUGCUGCCUGCCUCUUCCUCUGCCUACUACUGAGCUAAUUGUUCCCAAGCUACUGGUAAUCUCCUUGAGAAGCUUAACUUAGCUGGGGGCUGGGAGAAGCCAGGAGACUCUACCUAUGGCCUGGUAAUGCCAGCGGCUUGCUGUGGAAAGCAGGUGGCCAAAAUAAGUUCUGAUUUUGCGGCGCAAGUAGAAGUUAUUUCCCUUUGCUCCUGUAUUGCAAGGUGCAUAAAGGAAACUGUUUGCCCUUGGAGUUCAAUAAGCUCCAGCAGGGGGCCUUGCUAGCUCCCCCAUCCUUCAUUGCAGAAGUUGUCUGCUAAAGAUGCCACAUAACUCAUUUUAAACAGGCCUGACCUGUUUUUACUUGCCAUCUGCCCAGGUUUUUGUUUUAAUUCAGCUUUAAUGCCAGGCACCAGGCCAUUUAAAAAGCAAUUUGCGUAUUAAAAUGGCGCAACUACAAUAGUUCAUAUGCAAAUAAGCCACAGCUCCUUUUGACUGUGUAAAUGUGGGAACCCUAUUGCCAGGCCUGCCUCAGGUGCCCCUCCUCCUCCUCCUCCUCUGCAGGUAAAGGACCUCUAACCAAAGUAUCCUGGUCCCUUAGUCAUGAUGGCAACUCCCCCUUCCUAUCCAGGGCAGCCAUAAAAGGUUGCUACCACCUGUAAGGUAUUGGUGGCACCAUCCUCAAUGAUGCAAUGACCAUGUUUGGGGACAAGGGAAGGGCCACCCAAGUUUGGGACUUGACUUGUCUCUUGCUUUUUCCAGCUUUGUUCUCUCUUUCUGAGAACAUGUCUUGCCCCUGGCUUUUCUCUUCAUCUACCCACCCUAAUUAGACUUAAACCUGCAGCACAAGCUUCUUAUACAGCUGACUUGAAGCUAAAUCCCCUUGCAGAGCCAGCCUGGGCAGGGUCAGCUCAGGAAGCUGGCCUUCUGCUUCCUCCACAGAGAGCGCUGAGCAAUGCACCUCUGUGAAAUGCAUGAGGGGCGAGUGGUGUGGGGAGGCCUCCCCUCUGCGCGCCCCUUGAAUCUGGAGGACAUUUUCCUGGGGAAUGAAAGGGCCACAACAGCAUUGGGGGCAGGGUAAGAAUUAUUGUCUGGAAAACGAUGUUUACUCUGUGUGCCUAUGAUUUCAUCUUGCUUGCACUCAUGGAAUCCGUCACAGAAUUUGGCACCCAUAAAUUCUCCAUUUUCCUGUUAAAACCACACAUCUGUUGCUGUUACGGCUGUGAACAAAAGCUGGGACACGUGGGCAGUGUUGGGCGAAUUCCUUGACGCCAGAGGACCCUGUGCAAGACUUCCAGCUUCAGGGGCGGGUGUGGGGAACAGGGACAGGAAGGUGUUUGGGUCUUCCCUUGGGUGUGUUGUUCCCAACUCCCUUGCGUCUGACCAUUCCCCAGAUCAACUCAUUUGAACGUUUCAAUCUUGGAAGCAGAAGACAGUAUGCGCACACACAAAAAGCAAAAUACGUGCAUAUUUUGCAUGAUUUCCAUAAUUUAUUCAGGUCACCGAAUUUGAACCUCCUUGGUGCAGAAAUAUACACAGCCCUCAUUGUUCGUCUUUCCUCCUAAGUACCAAGGAGAGGUUGUUGCGAGAUAAGAGUCAAACAAUAUUGCAUUGAUUUUUCCAAAACAAUUAGUCUCUAUGAUCUCUUCUGCUGCAGAUAGUGACCCCACAACCCAUGAGCAGCUGCUCCAUAAAACCUACUUCCUGGUAACCUAGUCGUUACAGAUUCUGUGCUGUGGUGCUUUUGUGGUGGGUGGGAGAAGUCAGCUGGGAAUGAGAUGGCAGCAGAGAGUCAGUAUUUGACUUUGUCCCAAUGGGAUCCAUGCAGGACUUGCUCCCUUUGGAAACUGCUAACGUGGCACUUUUACCCAGGAUGGGAGGGGGUAGCUUUUACUUUCCCAGCUAUUUAGUGGUCUUAUGAAUAUUGCAUGAGAAUUACAGGCUCCUAAGAAGGGGAAUGGCUCUAUAUUUCGCUCCCUGUUCCUUGGGAGCCAGGCUAGUGGCUAGCUGUCCGUUCUGGGAUUCAAGGGCAGCCAUUUCCCCCAGCAGUGUGUGUGACUUUCUGACCUGUUCCAAGGUUGUCAUUGGCUAGCAAACUCUCCGUACAGGUUUUAUUUCUGCAAAUGGUACUGAAGCACUGCUCUUUCUCACUGCUCCCAUUAAACUGCAGCUACUUACCCCAAUCAAUCUCUUCCUGGCCAUCUCUAGUACCCCUAGAGAUUGUGGCUGGUUAAUUACAUCCUGGCGGCAGGUAUUCCAGUCACCGCAUCUCGUGGGGUUGGGCUGGAUCAGAGUGCUUGCUUCCCGCACAUCUCCCCCUCUCCCCCCACUUUCUCCAGACUGAACAUGGCAAGGAGGCUGAAAUCUACAGUGAAAAGGACACCAAAGUCUACAGCAAGCAGCAGCAUUCUGAGGGGCUGCUUGGGAAGCAGAGGAAGCCUUGCAGUGAAAUCAAACCUUUGGUCCAUCUGGCUCAGAAUUACAGAGGCUGAUUAGCAGCGACUCUCCAGGAUUUGAGAGCCAAACUGCACAUGGCACUGAAUGUGUCGCUUGGAAUCGUGUCAGGGGUGGUGUUGUUGUUUAUUUAAUAUUGGUGCAGGGCCCUAGUUUUCAUCAGGACCACAGUGCAAGGGGUGAGGAGGUUGAACCCAGUUCACACCCCCACACACCCCACUGUUGUUAGCCUAGUAACAACCAAUAGUUGGGGGGGGGGUUCGUUGGGAAUGUGGGGAGGGAAGGAGCCUUCUUGCACUUUACAGUCCUGAUAAAAUCAGGCCUCCUUGUGCCUGCUUUAAAAAAAAAAACAACAACCACCACAAAGUGUUUCCAAGCGAUACAUUUGGCAUCACAUGCAGUUUGGCCCUUUGACAAGGAAUGUUUCCCAGCCCUUCCUGCAGAUGCCAGGGGCUGAACCUGGGACCUCCUGCAGGAAAAGCAUGGGCUCUGCAACUUGAGCUGCAGCUCAUCUGAGGUCCUGUGCCAAAGAAAACCUCAGGAGACCUUGCUCAGGGCUGCCCUCUGGUUGUAUCUAAGAUCCUAUUCCUGCUGCUCCUUGGGACCCAUUAUGGACAUGACGUCUGACUGUUCACCCAUGAGUGUAAGAUUCCUAAAGACAUGGCAAGGCAGGCCUGCUCAGUUGGAUCUUGUAUUGUGCUCAGCCUUUGACCCCCUGGUCUUAUUUGUCAUCCAUAAACUUUGGUCUCCAGCUGUUUGGGACUACAACUCCCAUCAUCCCUAGCUACCAGGACCAGUGGUCAGGGAUGAUGGGAGUUGUAGUCCAAAACAGCUUGCGCCCCAAGUUUGGGAAACUCUGAUACUCACUAUUGCAGGCAUGAGGAACAUAGGAUACUGUCUUGCACUCAGUCAGACAAAUGGUCUAUACAGCUUAGUAUUGUCUUGUUUUUGUUUGUUUGUACCCUGCCCACCUGACUGGGUUGCCCCAGCCACUCUGGGUGGCUUCCAAAAUAUGUAUAAAAACAAGAUAAGACAUUAAACCUUAAACAGCUUCACUAUACAAGGCUGCCUUCAGAUGUCUUCUAAAGGUUAUAUAGUUACUGCUCCUGGAUUAACAUCUUCCCAAUUAAAGCUUUUAUAACCCACUUUUUUCUCCAAGGAGCUUAAGGUUCUCUCCCUCCUCAGUUAAUCUCCACAACAACCCUGUGAGGUAGGUUAAGCAGAGAGGCAGUGACUGGCUCAAAGUUACCCAGUGAGCUUCCUGGCCAAGUGGGGAUCUGAACCCAGAUCUCCCAAGUCUUAGUCUGACACUCUAACCCAGCCUUUCUCAACCUUGGGUCCCCGGAUGUUCUUGUACCACAACUCCUAUCAUCCCUGAGCACUGGCCAUGCUGGCUAGGAAUGAUGGGAGUUGUAGUCCAACAACAUCCAGUGAACUAAGUUUGAGAAAGGCUGCUCUAACCACUACACCACACUGACUUAAAAAUAAAAAUCAGCAUUUUAAAAUUCUGCAUUUUUUAAACUAUUCCCCUCUCCUUUUCUCACCCUCCUGUCCUGCCCCACUCCAUUCUCUCAUGUGCCCAUUUAUUUGAAUGGUUAAAUCAGACAGCUUUAGAAUGGGAUUGUACUUGUGAGCCACUGUGGCAACUGUAGCCAAAAAGGUGGGUGCAAAUAUCAUCAUCAUCAUUAUCCACACUCUGAGGCACACUUGAGUUGGGGACUUUGUCUGAAUGCACUGCCAUGUGAGAGAUUGUCAUGUGACUUGGCAUUUUCAAAGGUUCUCUCUAUAUUCCCCCUCAUACUCUGGAGCUGAGAACAUGACUCACAGUUCCAUCUCUCCCCCCACUAAUUACGCUCUUAAUGUUAGUGCUCCUUGGCCCCAUCAUUAUACUCAGUGGCGGGUGACAUUCACUGGAUUGUUUUGCAGAGCACCAGUUAUAUCUUGAGUCUCCAAUGUAGUAUUCUUAUUUGUGGUUUCUGUGUAGACCCACCCUUGGGCUAUGUGCCUCUGCUCAUGAGAGCUGUGGAAGUCUGUAGAGCAGGGGAUUCCCAAACAGGGGGCCAUGGUCCGCAAGCUUCAUUCAGGGAGCUCACGGUGUGUCUGUGGAUUUGGGCUGGAGACAGGAGCUGGCCCACCCAUCCCAUAAAACAUUGGCAUUGGUUUUUAAUUGUAUGUUCUUGCUUUUUUAUUGCAGUGGUUCCCAAUUAGCUAAGUACUGCAGGCCCCCUGUAUUUCAAAAGCCAAGCCACGGACCCCCUACUUUUAAAAAUGUUGAUAUCUCUAUGGUAGUUUUUGUUAUGUGCAUGUUGCCAUGGAUCCCAUGGGUGGGUUACGAACCACCAACUGGGAAUCACUGUUUUAUUGCAUUAUCUUUUGAAUUCUAUGGAAUUCUAAUUGAAACACUGUCGACUCGCAACUCACGUGCAUUUAACUUGUGCGAUCCCAGCUUUAACUGGUUGACUCCCAAAAGGCAGGGGGGCGGCAGAGGGGGGGGGACCUUUGGCAAGCCCACCUCCCAUUGCACACACCUUGGGAGAGCCAUUCAGAGGUGCAGGGAGAGUCUGUAGCUGCCUUGGAAGAGAGGUGCAGGGAGAAUGCUGCGCUGUACUUUUUAUGGUUUUAAAAUGUUGUUUUGACUAUACACAAUUUUGGCUUUAUGCACUAUCCCCCAGAAUGUAACCCCCGCAUAAAUUGAGAGUCAACUGUACAAUAAAAUGCUACGUAUAAGAGAUUAACCUUCAACAUUGCACUGUUAUCCUCCAUCAGUGCAACCAUUUCUGGAUAAUCUUCCCUCUCUUCCUCCUUUCUCCAAUUCUCCAGAGCAGAUUUAGGGGAGGUGCAGGGGGCCUGUGGAAGGAGGAAGGAAUACCCCAUCCUGCUCGUGGGAUCGUUUGCGUUGGCUUCCGCUAGCACACCAGGUUAAUUGAAUUUGGGCUAGAGGGUUGCAUUCAACUAAGUCUUACUCAAAGUUGAGCCACUGAAACGAAUGAACCUAAGUUAGUCAUGUCCAUUAACUUCAAUGUGUCUGCUGUGAGUAGGACUAGUAUUGAAUACAACCCAAAAGAAGAAAUAAAAACCAUACAGCAUCUAGCACAGCACAUUUGCUGCAACGGGCGAAAAUAAUAAUUUAAGUGCUGUGCCGUGACCCUCAGCAAUUUCGAAGUGGUCCCUGGGGGUUGGAGUUUGGGGACAUAAGAUGAGCCUUCCGGAUCAGACCAAUGGCUCUUGUAGUCUAGCAUCCUGUUUUCACAGUGGCCAAACAGAUGCCUGUGGGAAGCCUGCAAGAUGGACUGUUCCAGAAAAUGAGCUGAGGAAGGGAUGUGCCUGCCUCUUGGAACAUGCUCCAAGGGGUGUAGCAAACACCUUCCUGUGUAGCCCAGAACAUUCCUGACAAUUUCACAUCUAGCCCAGUAAUUAGGCUCGUAAUGUUGGUAUUGCUUGCCACAUCAUUAUCCCCAAUAGUAGGUUGCAAUCCCGUAUUAUUUUGCAGAGCAACAGUUAUGACCUUCCUGAGCUUGGAUAUGUUUGUUAAUAUCUCACACGGCAUUAGCUUUUUGUGCCAAAUCAUCUCAAAAGGUGGCUCAUGCUUGUUAUUCUGUACACACACACCAAGACUAUCCACACAAUGCUGCGUCUGCAGGUUCUCUCUUCUUUAUAGAUGUACAUUCUUGCAAUCUUUCCCGUGUUAUGCUCCGUAUGUAUCCUAUUAAAUUUCUUCUUUUUUUUAUAAGAUAUUUAUUAAAGUUUAAACAUUACAAAGAAAAGAAAAGAGGAACAAAAGAAAAAUACAAGCAAUAAACAAUUACAAAACCUCAAAAACAAAAAUAAAUACAGUAAUACAAAACAUCAACAAUACAAAAAAGGGAAAAAACAAAAAAACAAAAGCAUUUAAAAAACCCAAAAAAGAACAAACAAAAAUAAAAAGAACCCCGUAUUUUCAUAUCCUUAUCUUUCAUUUGCUUAUUUCCUCGACUUCCUCACACCUCCUUUUUUGUAUUCUAGUUCAAUUAAUUAUUCCAGCAAGUCCUUUCCCUCUUUCUCAAAUUUAGUUCCAUAAUUUAUCUUAACACAAUUUAGCCUUAAAUUUACACCUUUACCCAAUGUCAAUCUAUUCAUACUUAAUUCUUUAUAAUAUUUCUACUAAAGUCAUAUAGCUUCUUUCCAGCAUCCUUCUAACAGUAUCCUAUUAAAUUUCAUCAGUUUGUGUUCUCGGCACAGAUCUGCCGUGUAUCGAGAGCAAAAAGAAAGUUUGUCCUCUCCUCCAUGGGGCUUUUAGCCCCCUCCAGUUCUAUACUCAAUUAAAAGAAAACGUUUCAUAGCCUUCUCUGUUUAAUGCUGAGUUAUUAUUUCCCGAGACAGCUUUCCACUCAAAUUGUGAGGCUCCCUGCUUUGUAUUAACUGUUCCUCAACUUGGUUGCGUGCACAGUUUUUGGAUGACACAUUUAGAAAAUAUUUGGAAGGCCAAAACAAAGCUAAGAUGGAGAAUGCAAGAUUUUGUGCAGAGAUAAAAACAGAGGAAAUGUGUCUGUUCGGAGUGGGAGAUUGAGGAGAGACAUGGGAAGUAUUGAAAUGUCCCCCUUUUAAAACACUGUUAAUAAAAACGCGUUUCCUUUAGAAGGGAGGUAUAGGGGUGUUUGUCGGCAGAUAUGCACCUGCUGGCUUUGUUUUGGGGUGCCUCAUGGAUCCUGCAUCUGGUAAAGGAGCAGAACUUGAAGAAGACACUCAAGAAUCCAUGCCACAAUUAGGAAGAGAACCCCGAUGAACUGAACUUUUCUCAGAGGAGCCCCUGCCUUGCUGUAGCUCAUCCUUUGCCAGCCUUGCAACUCACCAGACUCCAGCUCCCUGGCUUAUUCUCUGGCUAAUUCCCCGUGCUAUAAAUACUGCCUGGGGCUCCGGUCAGGGCGGUGGCCGUGCAGGAAAAGCUCUGCCAGUGGCUACGUGACUCGUGCUAAGCUGUGAAAAGGGCGGGGCAAUGGCUGGCAGAGGAAAGGGUCUGGCUAGGGUGAAUCACUUGCUUUGGGACCCCCCCCCCCCCAUUUGAAGCCUCCCUCUCCCUCUGCAGGUCGCAAUGAACCUUUGAAGAAAGACCGUCCCAAGUGGAAGAGCGACUACCCCAUGACCGAUGGGCAGCUGCGGAGCAAACGGGACGAGUUCUGGGACACGGCACCGGCCUUCGAGGGCCGCAAGGAGAUCUGGGAUGCGCUCAAGGCUGCUGCCUAUGCAGUGGAGGCGAAUGACCACGGGCUAGCACAGGCCAUUAUUGACGGUGCUGGAGUGACCUUGCCCCACGGUAUGUGAUGCGGGGCGGGAAGGGGGCAAGAGAAGAAGUGGCACAGGGCUAGUUCUUUCUGCCUUAUCUCUUGCCAGAGGUAGAAAUCAUGCCCUGUGCUGUGAGCGUAAAAUGGGAAGUUCUAUCCAGGCAAAAAUCAUAAAGAUGGAAUAGGCAAUCGGUGCUCCUCUCCAGGUUCGUUGGACUGCAAUCCCAUAAUCCUUGCAUGGCUGUUGGCCAUGUUGGCUGGGCUGAUAGGAGCUGGGAGCUGCAGGGCCAGAGAUUCUCCCAUCCCUGUCUUUAGGGCCUGAAAUCCCUGUUUGAACCCCUUGCCUGCCUGCCACAGUACAAGCACACAUGUGCACAUGCAAGCCCAAGAUAGCAGCAAAUGUGUGUUUCUCACCAUGCAUAUUAUGCAGGUUAGACACACACGGAAGUAAUAAUUGGCCAUGCCUCCCUGCUACUUGUCUCCACUGUGAGAAAUGUGUUUACUGCCACAAAAUAUAUGAAGUGUCCUCAGAGCUGGUACUUCCAGGAUUCUUGAGCUCCUUUUAUCCCUUCUGUACACAUUUGUUCCUGGAAUAAGGACAACAUUCUCCCAAGACCUGAACAAACUGAGACAGCUUUGCACUGUACCUGCCACUUCACCUUCAGGAGGAAAGAGGAAAAGUGCCAACUUCAUCCUUGUUACCCUGUGUUAGUCUCCGUAUGGAUGAAGCAUUUAUUUGUUUAUUUAUUAACAUUGUAUCCUACUCUUCCUCCCAAAGGGGCAAACAUCAAAAUGUUAAAACAAUACAAUCUUAAAAACAGAAAAAAACAUGUACAACUUUUUGAAACAAUUUAAAACUGUCUAAACACAUUUAAAAGCAGUCACAUACCCUCACAGCUACUAUUUUCAAUGUUGUCAUGUCCAGUACCCAUCAAAUGCCUGUGUAGUGGCACCUGCCCUGUGAAACACCCUCCCACCAGAUGUCAAAGAGAAAAACAACUACCAGACUUUUAGAAGACAUCUGAAGGCAGCCCUGUUUAGGGAAGCUUUUAAUGUUUAACAGACUAUUGUAUUUUAAUAUUUUGUUGGAAGCUGCCCAGAGUGGCUGGGGUAUAAAUAAUAAAUUAUUAUUAUUAUUAUUAUUAUUAUUAUUAUUAUUUAUUAAACAGGGAAGUUUUAAAUUUCUCCUGAAAGCCAAUAAUGAGGGAGACAGAUUCACUUAAUCCUGGAGGGGCGUUCUACAAAUGGGGAGCCACGAACAAGAAGGCCCUGCCAUGGGUCAAAAUACCAACUGGGCAGCAGCCAGAGUUAGUAUGACUUACAGGGCCUCACCUGCCAAUCAUAGGGCCUGGGGUGCUUAAUGUUGCGGGAGAUGCGCCUUUAAAUACUUGUUUCCCAAGCCAUUUAGGGCUUUGUACACCAGCACUCACAUCUUGAAUUGGGCUCAGUAACUUGCUGGCAGCUCACUGGCAGCUGGGGUGUGAUAGGUGGCUGGGCAAGGUUGUUUGGUUAGAGAGUUGGACUAGGACCUGGGAGACUAGGGUUCAAAUCCCCGCUUGACCAUGAACUCACUGAGUGAGCUUGGGCCAGUCACUUCUCUCAGCCUAGCCUACCUCACAGGGUUGCUGUGCAGAUUGAAUGAGGAGGUGGAGAACCAUGUACACCACCUUGAGCUCCUUGGAGAGGAAAAAAAGGAAAUAUAAAUAAAUUAAAUAAGGAGAGGAAAUGGAAAGCUUACAUUUAGUUUGGUUAAGAACCGAGGGGAAGAGACUGGGUUCCGUUCCCCCCUGUAAGCCUCUCACGCCCCCUGCUGGCGCUUUCUUUCUCCUGCAGGCUCCCUCACCGAGUGCUAUGACGAACUGGGUAACCGCUACCAGCUUCCAGUCUACUGCCUGGCCCCCCCUGUCAACCUGAUCAUGGAGCGGAGCGAGGAGGAGGGCGUGGAGCCCCCCGAGCCAACGCCCAACACCCGGCGCGAAUUCCCCCUCAAAGUCCGCCUCUCCACGGGCAAGGACCUGCGCCUGAGCGCCAGCAUGACAGACACUAUCGGGCAGCUGAAGAAGCAGCUGUACGCCCAGGAAGGACUGGAGCCCACCUGGCAGCGCUGGUUUUUCUCGGGCAAGCUCCUGACGGACAGGAGCCGCCUGCAGGAGACCAAGAUCCAGAAGGACUUUGUCAUCCAAGUCAUCAUCAACCAGCCGCCUGCACCGAGGAACUGAGCUGGAGGCGGGUGGUGCGGCGCCUGGCCUUCAACCCAGGGACUGAGAUUGCAGGAGGCUGCUCUUGCGCCUGGAGGGGGGCCAGCAGGUGGCGCCCUCGGAACCAGAGCCAGAAGGUUCCCCAGCGGCCCCUGAGAAAUUGCACAAACUCACUCACUGCAAGAGGCAGCAGACUGCGUUGACAGCGCAGAUGGGCAACAUUGAAAGUGGUUUAUCCCCGUGGUUUGUCUCUCGGGGCCCUUUGGGGCCAAUUUUUUUAAACUUCCCGGAACCACAAGGAUCGGACCUCCCCCCUCUUCCCAAAUUAUCCAGGCUCUGGGCUCGGCUGGCACCGAAACACAUGCCUCCCCCCCCCCCUUGCUCAGCUCCAGUCCGGGCUGAGCUGCCUGCGCUUGAGCCUAUAUGACGGAUUGUGGACGCUGUCUCCUGGGCACAGCUCUUGUCGUUUGGGCACUGAGAAGCUGGAGACCAAAGCGUCCCUGACACGAGGGACCAGGCUGGGCCUAGGGCUGCACUACGUGGGUCAGAAGACCCUGCCGGUUCUGGCUCCCCAUUUCCAGGCCACUGAAUGAGACCUUGAGUAAUGCUGCGGUUGGCCCUCUUUGCACAAUUUCAUGGGAUGAGCCCAGCGAGGCAGCUGCUGCUCAUCCUGGUUUUAUGGGCAGCCCCUCAACCAGAUAAGGUGCGAUACGGGGGAAGAUGGUUUGUAUGUAUAGGUAUCAGUGUAAUUUAUCAAUAAAGCCUUUUCCAACUAGCCUGG